AAUUAUAUAUUCAGUUUUCUUAAUACCAAACCGAUAAACAUUUUGCUACAAAAGAAGUGAUGUUAUCUCACAAUCGUCUUACCAAGCAGUAUUACCUCGGUUAUGGAGAGUUAAAAAGAUCAGUUUACCUUUGAUGUUAAAAAAAAAAAACAAUUGUAAAAAUAAUUAUUUCUUGUUUGAAAUACGACCUCGAAUUAAACUCAAGUUCUUGUCGUGAAAACAAAGAACAAUAUUUAGUAAGUUUGAAACUGUGAAAAAAUGCGUAAAAUCGCCAAAAUAAAGUUUACUGAAUGCAAUCAUUAAAACUAUACUGGACACUGUUAUUAAAAUGAGCCAAAAAAGUUUAUCUUUUAAAAAUGAAUUUCGCAAAAAAAAUUUUGGCUUUAAAUUGUUUUUUGAUGAAUCAAAAAUGGCGUUUGUUUCAUCGAAGAUUGCGCCUAUUAGACCCUCGAUGGUGUUAGUCUAUCGAUUGAUUGUUUCAACAUAUCUUUUGUUUAUGAUUGUACUGAGCAUGUCCUGGAGAGGCUCUCUUUUGAAAUGGCUAACAUAUAUGACAAGCAUCAAUUACAUCGUGGUUUUUGUUUACUUUGUAUCUGCGCUUUUAGCAAGUUGUUCAGCACUAUUUCGUAAUAAAGUUUUCGUAAUAAAAAAGGGAAAUAAUUCUGUAGAGUUUUCCCUUGUAAAUAAAAAAGCCUCUAAAAAAAAUGGUGCCAAAAAUAGGGAUGAAGAUUUAAAUGGAGUAACAGUAGAUUCAAUUAUUUCAGGAAUAGAAGAAAACUAUACAAAAAGAAUGAGCGUUGUCUCUGUACAAGUCAACCAAACAACUCAACGCGCCCAAAGUAACCAGUGUGAAAACAACCUACCAACAAUAUAUAAAGUUCAUUGGUUCUUUUCUGCGCUUACUUUGAAUAUGUCGUUAAUUGUUACAUUAGUAUAUUGGUUACUAUUGUUUCGCACUGAUCGCCUUCCAACUCCUCUGGCUUGGUUUUUAAACAUUGAUCGUCAUCUUAUUAUGCUUGUUUGGGUCAUUAUUGAUCAUGUCAUAACUAAAAUACCUAUUCGGGUUCUUCACUUUGUGUACCCUUCAACUCUGUUUUUGCUUUAUAAUAUAUUCAAUAUUGUUUACACAAAACUAACAAAAAUUAUAAUUUAUCCUAUUGUUAAUAUUGAUAAAGAACCUGUUAUGACUGUAGGACUUGUGUUGGCAGCAAGCUUUUUAUGUGUGCCUAUAGUACAGGUAUUUUUAUAUUGGAUAAUAUAUAGACUGCGAGAAAAACUUUUGUAAAUUUUUAUAUAACCUCAAUUUUAUAGACUAACAAGUGCUUUA